CAUCAUCAACCGAGCCCUAAUUUGAAACCACAUAGAUCUCCAACAGGCUAGCUCAGCCAACUCUUUCUCAUCCAUAUAUAAUACAUAAUUCCCACUUCAUUUCACGGGCUGAUCUUAUCCUAUACAAAGGCAUCUCAACAUAUCGCAUUCUUCGAUUACAUCUCCCAAAUGGCUUGGAUUUGGGUCGUCACUAUUGCAAUUCUUGUUCUUGCUCUUCUCUUACACUCACGGCUCUUCAAAAGCCAUAACAAAGGCAAGAAAUUGCCUCCUGGUCCAAAAGGGUUCCCCAUUCUUGGUAGCCUUCAUCUGUUAGGCAAACUCCCACAUAGAAAUCUCCAUCGUUUAUCCCAAAAAUAUGGUCCCAUAAUGCACAUGAAACUAGGCCUUGUGCCCACCAUUGUCGUGUCCUCCCCCGCCGCCGCCGAGCUCUUCCUCAAAACCCACGACCUUGUUUUCUCGAGUAGGCCACUAAUUCAUACUUCCAGUAUCAUGUCCUAUGGUCAAAAGGAUUUGGUAUUUGCUCCAUAUGGUUCUUAUUGGCGAAACAUGCGCAAAUUGUGCACUCUCGAAUUGCUUAGCUCCCAAAAAAUCAACUCUUUCAAAUCAAUGAGAAAAGAGGAGCUUGGCUUGCUGAUUGAGUGUCUUCGAGAGGCUUCAAAAGCUCAUGUUGAAGUGAAUUUGAGUUCUAAAGUGUCGUCUCUCAUCGCAGACAUGACUUGUUUGAUGGUGUUUGGGAAGAAAUAUACAGAUGAAGAGUUUGGUGAGAGGGGAUUCAAGGCUGUGAUAAAAGAGUCCAUGAAAUUGGGCGCAGCUCCUAAUUUGGCGGAUUAUAUUCCUUUAAUUGCGGCGUUUGAUCUUCAAGGGCUGAAUCGUCGGGCAAAAUUUGUUGGUAAGGAGUAUGAUGAGUUCUUAGAGAAGAUUGUUGAGGAACAUAUUGGGUCCAAGAAUGAAGGUAAAAAUAAGGAUUUCGUGGAUGUUAUGUUGGAACUCAUGGGCUCCCAAGAAGUGGAUUAUCAGAUUGAUCCAUCUAACAUCAAAGCAAUAGUUCUGGAUUUGCUUGCUGCGGGAAUAGAUACUGCAGCCACCACAAUUGAAUGGGCACUAGCCGAGCUCAUCAAGCAUCCAUGUGCAAUGAAGAAAUUACAGGUUCAAUUAGAAAAAGUUGUAGGUUUGGAAAGAAUGGUGGAAGAGUCGGACUUGAGUCACUUGAACUAUUUAGAUAUGAUUGUUAAAGAGAUUUUAAGACUGCAUCCACCCGCUCCACUAUUAAUUCCACACGAGUCUAUUGAAGAUUGUACAGUUGAUGAUUUUUAUAUCCCCAAUAAAUCACUCAUAUUAGUGAAUGCUUGGGCAAUUGGACAAGAUCCAAAUGUAUGGACUGACCCAGAAAAAUUUGUUCCAGAAAGAUUUAUCAGUAAUUCAGUAGAUGUUAAAGGAAGAGAUUUUCAACUAAUUCCAUUUGGAGUUGGUCGAAGAAGUUGUCCUGGAAUGCAAUUGGGAUUAGUUAUAAUUCGACUAGUGCUAGCUCAACUUGUACAUUGUUUUGACUGGAAGCUUCCAAAUGAUAUGUUACCUAUCGAACUAAAUAUGAUAGAAGAGUUUGGUAUAACUUGUCCCAGAGCAGAAGAACUUAUGGUCAUUCCUAUCCAUCGGCUCUACAUCUAACAAGAAAGAGAUAUCUGCCAGCUACCGUGACUGGUGUGUAGAAAAAUCCAACGUGUACUUUACAGGGCCAAGGACAAAAUCUGCCAGCCAAUUCAAUUGGAUUGCAGAAGGUAGAGGGCAAAUCCUGUGAAACUAGAUUAUCAUCAUCUUUCAAAUUUCUUUA